GUGUCAACAAGUUUACCUGUAUAAGAUUAUAUGUUAGGUAAAUGUUUUUACUGGUAUAAAUACCCAAUUGACUUGUAAAACAUUGAGUGACCGAAGAAUUUCCAUAGUUUUGAGCGACUUAUACUGUACUCUUUAAUUGGAAAAUAGUUACAAUGUCAUCUCUAUGGACCGACAAAUAUGCUAUACUGAGAGAUUUGUCGUUAGCCCAGGGUUGCGAGGUUCCUGCUGACCUCGAGGCGACUCUAGCUGCUGGGGACAAACCUCCAGCUCUUAACAUCGUCGAAGAGACUGAAGAAGAAUUCUUUAAGAAAUGUAACAUUAGUCAAGAUGUUGAAGGCACUUUUGCUCCUGACUUUGAUCUUAUUCAACACAUGUUGAAAAUGAUUCAACCUGAUUCAUCAGAUUCAGAAGAUAAUAAUAGUACUGUUCAAACAUGUAAACCAGACUCUGUUGUAAAGAAAAAUACUGAAAAUAAUGUAGACUCUGCAAUAAAAGCACCAGAUAAAUCAAAUAAAAUGGCAAAAAUAGAGAAAAAAGUAAGGAAAAGGAGGGAGAAUGUUGCAGUUAAUUCUAUUUUGCAGGGAUUUCUUGGUGUUAAACCAGUGGCAGAUACAAAAACAGAAACAAAAAUUGAAGCAAUGAAACUUCUGAAGCCGAUAGAUUUUAUGUCGGUUAACAAUGGAAUUGUGAAUUCUGUUACAAAAUUAAAAUCACCAGAAUCUUCACAAUUAAAUGAAACUAAAAAAGAAAUAGACUCAAAUGAUAAGACAAAUAAUUGCCAAUCUAAAUUGUCACCAAUGGACGAAUCUAUUGUGAAAGUAAAUGGCUGGUUAUAUUCAAAUAAAAGUAACAGCUCUGAACAUAAAAACAAUUUGUUGGAAUGGCAACCGAAUUCUAUGUUUAAGAAGAAAAGUGUUACCACUAAAAGUUUGGAAAGUGAUAGUGUUAAGUCUUCACCAGAACAGAAAAGUGAAAAGAAACCAACAACUAUGUAUCAGCCAUCUACACUAGCCAAUGAAUACUAUGAGAGAUAUAUAGAACGAAGUAAAGUCAACACAAUUGUCAGAGAAGAUGUUUGGUCAAGAGCUGAACGAAUAAUGAAAGAAUUGGAUGAAAAAAAGAAACUUGAAAAUGAAGUAGCACCUGUAAUCCAACAGCAGAUGGACACACUAACAAGCUAUGACGAAAUUCAGUUGCCACAACAUCGUCAUUUGCUGACUGGCGAUUGUAUUAUUUGUGAGAUUUUCAAGAAGAACGGAGUAGAUAUAGAUUUGGAGUCCCUGCAAAAUACUGAUUACGAUCUCAAAUGGUUGGUAAAAGAGAAUUCGAGCCGCAAUAAAUCAUAGGAAAUGUAAGAAGGAAAGAUUUUAAGGAAAAAGUGGUUGAAAUGAAUUUAUAUUACUCAUGUUGAUGUGGUUAUUAUUUUGUGUUGAGAACUGGUAACAAUACGUGAAAGUGAAUUCCUCAAACAAUUCGUAAAAGUGAAUUUUAAAAUUUUAUCGAUUUAAGAAAAGUGCAUAUUUGCACUUUCUUGAAAAAGAAAGUGAAAUUGUGAUAAAAUUGAACAAAGAAUCUUAAAAGAUUCUUAUUUCAAGUUGGAAUGUUUUUAUGGUGAAAUAUAGAUUUUAUAUAACUAUAGUUGGCUAUUUCAAAGUAUUCAAAAUAAAGAAUUGUUUUAUUUAC